AGGAGGAGGAGGUUUCUUUUUCCCACCUGGAAGGGGAAGCCGCUGUCAAGCGAAGCUAGGCGGCAUGGUACCUCUCUGGCCGUUGGGGACCUUGUGGCUGGCUUAUUUCGCAACCCGGGCUGUGGCGAGCGACGAUGCUCCCUUGAAGUGCGAAGAUCUGCGAAUCGGCCAAUAUAUAUGCGAAGAUCCUAAAAUAGACAAUGCAACCCAAGAGCCCAUGAAAUGUACUAACCACACUGCAUAUGUUGCCUGUCUUCCAGCCCCAAAUAUUACUUGUAAAGAUUUCAGUGGAAAUGAAACUCAGUUUACUGGAAAGGAAAUCGGUUUUUACCAGCCCAUUGAGUGUCGAAGUGUAAAUGGUUACUCCUAUAAAGUAGCAGUAGCUCUGUCUUUGUUUCUUGGCUGGUUGGGAGCAGAUCGGUUUUAUCUAGGAUAUCCUGCAUUAGGUUUGUUAAAGUUCUGCACAGUAGGCUUUUGUGGAAUUGGUAGUUUGAUUGACUUCAUUUUGAUUUCAAUGCAGAUUGUGGGUCCUUCUGAUGGUUCUAACUACAUAAUAGAUUAUUAUGGUGCAAGGCUUACCAGGCUGAGUAUUACGAAUGAUACAUAUAGAAAACCUCAAAUGUACCCUUAAUCUUACCAGAGUUCACUUACUUUAUUUGAGUGUGAGAAGAUGCCUGUGUAUGAAAUGACGGAAGAGGACCGUCUUCAGACGAUUGAGAAGUUUCAUCAACUCUUGUCAUCAGCUCUUUGUGCACAAAGGAAAAAUAGUAGGCUAUAUUAUAAUGCGCUCUGCUGAUCCUACAAAAGGCGUCAGAGCCUUUGCGCCAACUGUAACCUUAUUGAAAAGAAGACAGUGACUUAUCUUUUAAAUUAUUUGAUAAAUAAAAGCAAAAGAUGGACUUUUAAUAAUGAAGGCGUCAUGACCUACUGCCCAAAGGACUUUAUACAAGUUGUACAAAAACUGAAAACUGUGUGUGGAUGUAAAGGGAAAAACAGGAAGAAAUUACCUCAUCGCUCAACGUCCCUUUCCCUACUGCUAUUUGAAAAGGAGAAAUCACACACCAGAAUGUGUUGUUGUGCAGAUGUACCAGGUUCCAGCUCAUUCACUCCUUCCCUCCCUCACAUCAAGUACAUUCUGUACUUUUGGCAGUAAGUUGAUGGGAUAUUUAGAAGCUGUGAACUGUUCUGAAAGUUUCGCAUAGUGGGUUAUGGGCCAUGUGUGUUUGAUCAAAAUUCAAUUACUGCACUGCGCCAGGCUUGGAAACCUAUCAUUGCGAGUUAUGAAGUAUGACGAAAUAAGCUUCUCUAAUUGGUUCAGUAUGGGGAGCAGUCUCAACCAAGCUUGUUAUGAUAAAUAGCUUCCUAUGUUAAAGGUUCUCCAGAGCUUAAGUGUCUUGGCUCACCUCCUUCAAAAGAAUAAGAAUAUUGUUCCCUAGGAACAUUUACAUCAUUGUCUCUUUUCCCAGGUUGGAGUUAAAUAUUUGUAGCAUUUUUAUCUUGCUGUUCUUGAGGAAUCUAAACAUAAAUAUAUGUCACUUCACCAAUC